AUGGACCCUGUCGUCCAGCGCGAGCUCUCCCAGCUCGACCCCACGGUGCCCUUCCGCGCCUCGACGGACCAUCUUCACCACACCUGGGCGAAGACCUUCUUCUCGCGACCAGAGCUCUUCGUCCGCCCGCAAUCCAUCCCCGAGAUCCAGAAACUCGUGACUCUCGCGCGCCGCUGCCGUCGUCGUCUCGUGGUCGUGGGCAGCGGCCACUCGCCCUCCGACCUCACCUGUACGUCAUCCUGGCUGGUGAACCUGGACGGUUUCAACCGCAUCCUGGACCUGGAUACCGAAACGAGCGUUGUGACUGUUGAAGCGGGCAUUCGGCUCUGGCAGCUUGGCGAGAAACUAGAGGAAUAUGGGUUGACGUUGUCGAAUCUGGGCAGUAUUGACAGUCAGUCGAUUGCGGGGGUGAUUGCGACGGGCACGCACGGCAGCUCUAUGCAGCAUGGGCUGUUGUCGGAGUGUAUUUUGUCGCUCACUUUGAUGCUAGCGAAUGGACAGUUAGUGCGCUGUAGCCCGGAUACGAACCAGGCGUUGUUCCGGGCGGCGCUGGUCUCGCUGGGCGCGUUGGGUAUUGUCGUUGAAGUGACUUUCCAGGCGGAGCCGACGUUCAAGGUCGCGUGGCAGCAACGCAGACGGCCGUUGUCGCGUGUGCUUGCUGAUUGGUCUAAUGGACUCUGGACGUCCCAUGAGUUCGUUCGGGUUUGGUGGUUGCCAUAUGAGAAGAGUGCGAUUGUCUGGCAUGCGGAUAAAUCUGAUCUGCCUGAGAGUGAACCGCCCAGCUCUUUUUAUGGACAGACGCUGGGUUACCAUAUCUACCACAACUUGCUCGCAUUGUCGAACUACUUCCCGCGCAUUCUGCCCUGGGUCGAGUGGCUUGUCUUUGGACUGCAGUAUGGUUUCAAGGCCGAGUCUGAUGUUACGGAGGCGGUUCAGCCGGCGCGCAAGGGCCUGCUCAUGAACUGCCUGUACUCGCAGUUUGUCAACGAAUGGGCUCUGCCUUUGGACAAGGGUCCGGAGGCCAUCAUCCGUCUGUCUGCGUGGCUCCACGGCGACGUUGAAACAGCUCGCAUUCCCUUUCCCGUCGAAGGCGUCUGGGUUCACUGUCCCGUCGAAGUGCGAGUCGCCAACUCGACGCUGAACAAGAAGCCUCGUCCAUUCUUGGACCCUACCAGCCAUGACAGCCCCACGCUGUAUCUCAACGCAACCCUCUACCGUCCGUACCUGCGCGACCCGCCCUGCAGAGCCCGCUACUACGAAGCCUUCGAAUGGCUCAUGCGCGAGAUGGGCGCCAAACCUCAUUGGGCCAAGAACUUCACCGCGUCUGGCAACCAGGAACUGCGCGCCUUGUAUGGCGAAGACAUGAACGAGUGGCUAAAGGUCCGCCAGGAAGUCGACCCUGACGGCAUGUUCCUCGGUGAAUGGCAUUACCGCAAUCUCCCGCUUUCCAUCACGGCCGAAGAUGACACUGAAAGUCGUGGAAGGCCGGACAUCUACGCUCUCCCUCUCCUAGAGCGCGAAGUCAUCCGCCGCCACGCGGGCUUCAAGGGCGCCGGUGAUGGUAUCGAAUGGGUCGGCGAUAAACGGUGGCAGGAGGAGUCUGACGAGCAGCAAGUGCAGCGCCGUCGUCGACAGAAUGUCGCUGUGAUGGAUGAGUCGGAGGAAAGGAGAUACUUCGAGUGCGAGACCAGCGAGACCGGCACGGUAGCUAGUGAGGAGAGCUUUGAUUUGAUGGCUGCUGGGGAGGCUAGUAUUACUCUUCCUGAGCGAGUUCAUGAUUCAUGA